ACAGUCUGUAGUCUGACAGUCUGUAGUCUGACGGUCUGUAGUCUGACGGUCUGUAGUCUGACGGUCUGUUGUCUGAUGGUCUGUCGGUCUGACAGUCUGUAGUCUGACAGUCUGUAGUCUGACGGUCUGUAGUCUGACGGUCUGUUGUCUGAUGGUCUGUCGGUCUGACAGUCUGUAGUCUGACAGUCUGUAGUCUGACGGUCUGUAGUCUGACGGUCUGUUGUCUGAUGGUCUGUCGGUCUGACAGUCUGUAGUCUGACAGUCUGUAGUCUGACGGUCUGUAGUCUGACGGUCUGUCGGUCUGACAGUCUGUAGUCUGACAGUCUGUAGUCUGACAGUCUGUUGUCUGACGGUCUGUUGUCUGAUGGUCUGUAGUCUGACGGUCUGUUGUCUGAUGGUCUGUCGGUCUGACAGUCUGUAGUCUGACAGUCUGUAGUCUGACGGUCUGUUGUCUGAUGGUCUGUAGUCUGACAGUCUGUAGUCUGACGGUCUGUAGUCUGACGGUCUGUUGUCUGAUGGUCUGUCGGUCUGACAGUCUGUAGUCUGACAGUCUGUAGUCUGACAGUCUGUUGUCUGACGGUCUGUUGUCUGAUGGUCUGUAGUCUGACGGUCUGUUGUCUGAUGGUCUGUCGGUCUGACAGUCUGUAGUCUGACAGUCUGUAGUCUGAUGGUCUGACGGUCUGUAGUCUGACAGUCUGUUGUCUGAUGGUCUGUCGGUCUGACAGUCUGUAGUCUGACAGUCUGUUGUCUGAUGGUCUGUUGUCUGACGGUCUGUUGUCUGACAGUCUGUAGUCUGUCGGUCAGUAAGAUGUGUAAAAUACUGUGAUUACCUUUGAAUGCACCGAUAAUUAUAAUCCAGUAAUAAACCUUAUUCUGAAAGGGGCCGUUCUGCAUGAGGACUUUUGGUACUUUAAGUUUAUUUUGAUGCUAAUAAUAAAAAUAAAUAAUAAUAAAUAAAAAUGUGAAGUUUGAGUUUCUAAACUGUGUUAUUACUACUUUUACUUAAGUAACAGAUCUGAGUACUUCUUCCACCUCUGACUUGACACCUUUUUUUAAAGACAUUCUCAAAUAUUUUCUACACAUUCACAAACUUAAAUUUCUCACGUAGUUUUUUUGUUUUUUUUUACAAAAGCUGAAAAACAAAAACCAACAUCUUUGAAAUUAUUUUCUACAUCAGUUCACAAACUACACAGAAAGUUAAAACAUCUCUGUCUGAACCUGCUCUGUAGACGUUUUGACCUCGAUAGUUCAGCCAAAAGAAGUAAAACAGAAACAACAGGAUCGGGACCAGGAUCAGGUCCAGCAGCAGGUCCAGAUGCCACAACAAAGGCGUGCGAGGUGUUGUUCCACCUCUUUAAGCCUCUUAGCGCCUGUAAGUCUGCCUGCAGGGCUGCCGUUGGCCCUGAUCACACUGCCAUGAUUUAAUCCCUCAGUGGAAAAGGUCAGCUCGCCUUUGCCUCUCACAGGUUUGUCACCCUGCCAGCCGCAAACACAGCAAGGAAGACCAGCAGGAGACACCGAAAGGCAUGGAGGAGCUUCUGUUACCGAGCGGCGAGGAGGAGGCGCGCUCCGAGCACGGUUCGCACGUUCCAGGAGACGCAGGGAGGACGAUGAGGGAAGGAGUGAAGACCUUCGUCCGAGUGACGGCGAAGGGGGACUUCAGCAGGAUUGUGAGGGAUUUCUUUAAGAGGAACGGGCUGCUGACGCUGUCGGUCAUCGCCGUGCUCACCGGCUGCACGCUGGGCUUCAUGCUGAGAGGAACUCAGCUGUCCACACAGGCAAAGAUCUACUUCUCUUUUCCCGGAGAGCUGCUGAUGAGGAUGUUGAAGAUGCUCAUUCUUCCUCUCAUCACGUCCAGUUUGAUGUCGGGUCUGUCGUCGAUGGAGUCGAAGGCGUGCUGUCGGAUGGGCGUCCUGACCGUCACCUACUACCUGUGGACCACCUUCAUCGCCGUGGUGGUCGGCAUCUUGCUCGUCAUCAUCAUCAAACCCGGCGUGGGGACGGAGAUGGAGAGCAACCGGCUGGGAGGGGGGCCCGUCAUGACCUCGGCCGACGCCCUGCUCGACCUCAUCAGGAACAUGGUUCCCUCUAAUCUGAUCGAGGCCACGUUUCAGCAGUACAAAACGGACCUGGUUCCCAUCCUCAAAGUCCCGACCAAAACCGUCCAGCCGAACUUCGUCUACGUGUUCCCCGAUGAGAGUCAUCCUAGCGGUCGGACGGUGUACCUGGAGCUGACCCCGCCCCCGGACAUCACGUACAAGACGAGUCCCGGCAGCAGCCAACAGAUGAACGUCCUCGGCAUCGUCGUCUUCUCCGCCACCAUGGGUCUGUUGCUGGGCAGGAUGGGAGAGCGAGGAGCUCCGCUGGUCAACGUCUGCCAGUGUAUCAACGAGUGCGUCAUGAAGAUCAUCAACGCCGCUGUCUGGUACUUUCCGUUUGGGAUUGUCUUCCUGGUGGCGGGGAAGAUCCUGGACAUGCAGGACCCGAGCACUCUGGGGAGGAAGCUGGGCUGGUACGGCAUCACCGUGCUCGCCGGUCUCUUCGUCCAUGGACUCAUCCUCCUCCCUCUCUUCUACUUCAUCCUCACCAGGAAGAACCCCUUCUCCUACAUCCGUGGGCUGCUGCAGGCCAUGGUGAUUGCCCUGGCUACCUCCUCCAGCUCUGCCACGCUGCCCAUCACCAUGAAGUGUUUGUUGGAAAACUGCCAUGUUGACCGACAGAUUGCCCGCUUCGUCCUCCCUGUGGGUGCCACCAUCAACAUGGACGGCACAGCGCUGUACGAGGCCGUGGCGGCCAUCUUUAUCGCUCAGGUUAAUGACUAUGAGCUGGACUUUGGCCAGUUGGUCACCAUCAGCAUCACAGCUACAGCCGCUAGCAUCGGUGCAGCGGGGAUUCCUCAGGCUGGUCUGGUUACCAUGGUGAUCGUGCUGACAUCAGUGGGCCUGCCACCAGAUGACAUCACACUCAUCGUGGCCAUCGACUGGAUCCUCGACAGGUUUCGGACCAUGAUCAACGUUCUGGGCGACGCUCUGGCGGCGGGAAUCAUCGCCCACCUCUGUCGGAAAGAUUUCCCCCUCAGUGGAGCAGGAAAGACUGUACCGUCCUACGGUACGCAGACUCCUCAUGCUCACAACAACUCCCACAGCGUAGAUGUGCCAAUGACAGAGAUCCACACCCACAAAGACUGCAUGUUCGAGACGAUGGGCGACUCAGCGGGUGAGAGGCACGCACACACUGUCUACUACAACAUCUGCCAGGUGUGAUCAGCUGACGUACACGGAGCUGCUUGCCUCAAAACACCACUGAGUCCGGGAGAGUCCGGUCAGAUCUCACCGUGGCAUCUGAACAGGAGCGUCGAGAAGAGACGGACUUUGUGCUAACAGAGCGUGAAUCUUCUUCUUCACAGGACGGGAAACUGAGCAGCAGCAACUGCAUUCAGUUAUUUGGCCAAAAGUGGACUGGAGCUUAAUUUGGAGCUUUAUUCUCCUGCUCACUGAUGUCCGAGAGAACAAAAGCUCCAAGGGCACAAGGAUCAUGAGGCCAUUUUAAUGGAAACUCGCCAUCAGCGCUAACUAGCAAGUCCGAAUUUAAAAAGUGGAGAACGUUGCUAAAUAUCAAGCAGAGAAAUCCAGCAGCAUCUCUGGUUGGAUCCUGAUCUGCACCAGAGGAUUAUGGAUACAUGACGCCCUCCUGGGAGCACCUGCAGGAUCAUUAUCUGGUCUGACAGCGCCACCUAGAGGACAGAGCCGCCUCAACACCUGCACAGAGAAAGAUACAAACUACGCCAUCUGCUGGUUCAAAAUAAGGUAGUUUUACGUGGCUUGAUUAUUAAUUGAAAUGUCACGUGUUUGUGACUCUGAGGACCAUCAGCUGUUAAUGAGCUGAAACUAGGAUUCCUGAACCGAUAUGCAGGUUUGUUAAUUGGAGGCGUCGAGGCUAAUAGAUAUGUCUGGGCUGUAAUAAGCACAGUCCACUCUGAUCCUUUUGUUUAUUUCAGCCGUCUGUGGUUGAAAUAAAUCCGUCUCUGGUAACCCUGAUAGCUGUACAUGUCCUGGUUACCAUGACGGUUUCUAGGCUGGAUAUCAAACCGUAACACGUCUUUUGGUACUGACCGAAAUGUGUCUGUAGUACUCAGUAUCAAAAACUGUCAGGUGCUAAAAGCUGGUAUCUAAUGAUGGUCAGAGUUUGAAAAAUACAUAUAUUUUUUUCAUUAAACAACAGAGUGGAAGAUAGAACGGUACCUUCCAACCCUCGUCUAUGGUCCUGGUAACCUGGUAUUGACUCUGUUUUCUACCGGGCUUGAGAUUUUUUAAGUCCCAGUGGGAUCAGAAGGUAAAAUUACACCGAGCACAGCUGCUCUGUCCAUUGAAUAUAAUAAUUGAAAACCCUGAUAGUGACUGGGUGAAGAGCUCAGAGGAGAACCGCUGCUCCUUCGUGUUGAAAGGAGCCAGUUGAGGUGCCCCUGAUCAGGACGCCUCCUUUUAGAGGUUUUCCAGGCAUGUCCAACUGGUAGGAGACUCCAGGGAGACCCAGAACACACUGGAGGGGUUGUAUAUGUCAUCAGACCUGGGCACGUCUCGGGAUCCUCCACGAGGAGCUGUAAGACUUGCUACCAGUAGUGAAAGAGGCUAGAUGGAUGAUUUAGUAGAAAAACUUGUUUUAUAUUUAUCAAAGUAAGGCAUCGAAAGAUGUAUUGGUUUGAUAUCAGUGUAGAAACUCCGAUAUUGGCGCAUGUGAAAAAAUGUUCAAGUGAUACCCAGCCCUAGCAGUCGGCCGUACGUCUGUACGACUGUACCCUGAACGAAUGGUCCUUACGGAGAAGUGGAUCAGUACCUGGAUAAUUCAGCGGAGCUUUUUACCUGCUCGUCAUCUUCAAACAAAUCCGCCUAAAACCUGGAUCGUUUUUCAAAAGACAAUAGAGACAUCUUACGAAACCACACCGGAUCACAUCGGAUGAAUUUUAUAAUACGUGGCAGUAACAAAGCUAAUGAGCUCGGAUCCCAAACCAUUUGCAUCCCGAAGAGUCGACAUGUUUUAUCGGGGAUCUUUUCAAAGCGACAAACUUGUUCGUGCUGCCGUUUGUUCUGAGCCACAUCUCUGUCUUAUGUUCACAACAGCGGUUGCUCUCUCAGGUGUUCACCAAACCUUUUGACUGAACUGUGCAUUUGAUUGGCCGGUGCUCACUGCCGCCUGUGCUCAGACUGGUUGAAGGGUUGAAGGGUAAUCCGUCCGAUGCGACGGCUGAAUGAAUCCAAGUGCUCUUCAUCUUGCAGAGUCAACCUUCUCCUUCUGUCUCGUUUGUGUUCGACAGCAUGCUGGCAUGCGUUCUAACUGGCUUCGUUUGAAGUCCACGUGCUUUACUUUCUUCUCUUGUUGUUGUUUUGACUUAACUAACUAACAAAGUGCUGUAGGGAUUUUGGGAAUCUUAACCGAUUUAUGUUGCAGCUAACGUGAACAGAUGCUAGUUUGGGUGUCAGUUAAUCUCAUGCCUCUCCUGGGUCUACUAAAUGUUCAAAUAGAUUCCAUUACUUUCCAAUGAUUUAUUGAUCUUGUCUGGAGCCACAGAACCAGCUGAAUUUAGUCAGCUGAAAAACUCGUAUCUCCAGUUUUGUAGAUUUUUAUUUUUUUUACGCAGUUCUCUUGCCUCUCCGGGCUCUUUUCCAAACCCAAACAGGAUGAUGUCAAAUAUGCUCAAAUUAAUAAAACAUGUUCUCCAAUAGAAUUAAUUGUGCACACAAAUGAUUAGUUCAUAACAACGUUGAUGACAUUUUAACAUACGUUUAAGGGAUUUCAAGGAUAAUGCCACUUUGUUUAACAGGCAAAAUCCGGCGUAUAUUCACAUUUCUCCAUCCAAACUGCAUUAAAUCUAAGUGGCUCAUUAAAAGUGUUCAAGUCCAUGAAGAUAGGUGGAUAGAGCUGCAAUGAUUGGUCGAUUAAUCUAAACUAUCUUGACGAUUGAUUAAUCGUUUUAGUCAGUUUUCAAGUAAAAAUGCCAAAUAUCCAAAUAUCAGGGUUUAGACUGUUAGUCAGACAAAGCAAACCAACUGAGGACAUCACCUGAGAAACUGUGAAUGCUAUUUUUUUUUUUUUUACAUUUUUAACGAUUAAUCAAGAAAAUAAUCACCAGAUUAAUCGAUUAUGAAAAUAAUUGUUAGUUGCAGCCCUAUAGGUGGAUGUAUUAUUAUAAUCAACCCUCUGUUGUCUUUGGCAUCCCUUAAACAUGUAAAAACGUAGAGAUUAUUUUAUAUUAAUUAGAUGAUUUACUUAUCCACGUGCACAUGAGCACCAUCCAUUAUUGUGCAGUUUUCAGCUGCUGGGCUCUGUUAAAAAGCAGACUUCAGGUUUCUGGAACAACGAUGUCCAGGAGCUCGUCAACCAGCAGCGACCAUUUUUAGAAGUUAAAUUCAGAAAGAAUAACGACCGACUGCAAUGGGUUAAUAAGGACUACGCUAACUUUAUGGAAAUGUACUUUAUUUUAUGAGAGGAAUUUGACUGAAGAUUAUGUUUCUGCUGUUCCUCUCAGAUUCAGUAAGGAAAGCAAUCAUGAGAUCCUCCCAAAAGACAGCGCAGUGUUCAUUAAGCCCUUAAAACUGGCUAAUAAGGUUUUAAUAGUUAUAGGAAGACACUGGUGAUUUUCCAGGUUUUAGCCACUUAACUGUGUAUGUUACCUCAAGUUACUGUUUACUGACAUCUGAGAUUUGGAGUCAUUACUGAUAAUGUAGGUUUGACGAAGAAUUCUGGGUAACUAAAUGUCACUGAUUAUUGUUCUGCAGCAGAUUUCAGGUUAAGUUUCAUAGAUCACUUUAAAAAGUGAAACCAGUGGCUUCCUAGAAGGUAAGAAAUCAGUCUAAAAACGAACGCUGUGAUUCAGAAGCUGGUCAGAGUAAAUUAAAGUACAACGUCAUAACUUUACAUGAUUUGUAGUUAAGUGGCCGAAGAAGAUACAGUCCUUUAAGCUCACUUAUAAUAAAUCAAGUAUUUGUAUUUGUUGUGGUAAAGUGCCCCUUGAACUUCUCUCAGUCUUUCAGUAGUUGUGUCGUUUCAGUAGAGUUGCACGUGAAAACGUAGACCUGCCUUAUUUUAACUGUUUGAACCUGUCGUUUUAAUCCACAAACCUCAAAGUUCACCUGCCAACGCACACCGUCAGCCGACAAACUGCAGCUUUAACUAUUACCAAAGCAAACUGUUCAUCAAACUGCAUCAUGCACGUACUUCAUUUGUUGUUUUUUUUAUAUGAAAUAUGCAUGUGUUUGGACUUUGUGUAAUUGAUGUGUGUUUGUAUUUGAAAAAUAAACCCUGUGUUAAUAUA